CAGGUGCAGCCCUAAAGAGAAAAAAGAAAAAAAAAAAAAAGAAAAAGAAAAAGAAACCACAGUGCAGCCUCAGGAUUGGCUAUAUCCAGAUGUUCUGAUGUUGCCAUUUUAGAGAGGGCUGAAAUACCCUGCAUUGUUGGUAUUCAGCGUGCCCUACUUUCCUUCCAACCCAUGGAAAGGGGUGAGAUGGCUGUGACCACUCUCCAAAUCCCAACCUAGGUGAACUGAGGGCUCUCCCAGCACCCCAGUAUGACCGGCCAUGCGUAGGUUACGUAAUCUUGCAAUGGGCCAGGUAUGUGCCAGGGUUGAGGGAUACUCUGUUUGCUAGGCCUUGAUCAAACUUCUCUGGGAAGAGAGGUUUAUAGUUCCAUAAGCAAAUAGUGUGGGUGCUCCCCAGAAUAAGGAAGAUAGGAGACAGAUCCUAUCUCUCCACCCCUCAGCUCCCUUCCUAGAUAAUGAACAACUGUGAAAAAAGUUUACCAGCCAGGUUUUCCUAGUUCCAUAUAUAAAACAAAAUCAAUUUUAUCGAGAAAUGGCAUUUUCUGCCAUAAGCAUUUAUUGGCACCUGUAUGCCAGUACCUCCGUUCAACUUCCACACCAGCCUGAAAGCAAUUAUUCUCCCAUUCUUCAUAUGAGGGAACUAAAGUCCUAAGAUAGACCUAGUGCUCCCAAGUAAAGAACUUCGGACUCCGCAGGACUGAAAACCGGCGACCCAUUUCUUCUGCAGGCAGGAGCUAUUAAUUAAAGCCUUACAUACUCUCAAUAUGGAGGCACUGUGCGCUAGCGGAGGCCACCUAGGUAGACGGUUCCGGAAGACAUAACGUCCUGUGGGCAACACGGGUCCCAGAGAUCGUAGCUCCACCCUCUCCAACAGGGCGCGUACAUGUUUACAUCGUUUUGAGAGAUAAUGUCACACACGGCGACCUCCACCCUCCCAGGUCCUUAUCAGCGGCCCCAAGACCUGCCUGGGCAUCACUCGGUGUCGCGAGCUCGGGUAAGCACUAAAGCCCCCGAACUCGAUGUGGACAAUGUGGCGCCGCUCAGCCCGUCUGGGGACCCUGCACUGCGCCGGGGCGCUGGCAACCGAGCCGAGGGGCGGAGCGGCGCGUGCGCACAAGGGCGCCGCGCGAAAUUGGAACUCCACAGGCCGGGCUGUCGGCCUGGGAGACCGCCCGGGCAUGGGCGCCGCGACUGGCCUGGCGCUGCGGCUUCGCGAGGCGCUGCGGGAGGAGGAGUUGCGGACCGUGGAGGAGCUGCUGCGCCGCGGUGCGGACCCCAACCUGGUCCUCGAGGAUGGCGCGGCCGCCAUGCACCUGGCGGCCAGAGCACAGCACCCGCGGGGUCUGUGUUGCCUCGAGGCCCUGCUACGCCGAGGCGGGGACCCCAAUGCUCGAUCAGCCGAGGCGCUAACGCCGCUGCACGUGGCCGCUGCCUGGGGCUGUCGCCGUGGUCUGGAGCUGCUGCUGAGCCAGGGAGCGGACCCCACACUGCGGGACCUGGACGGACUCCAGCCUGUGGACCUGGCCAAGCAGCAGGGGCAUCAGAACUGUGUGCGCCUCCUGCGGGAGCUGGAGACCAAGAUCAGGACCCCGACCAGGACACAGGCAGACACCCAGGGGCCAGAACCUGAGCCUGGAGGCCCAGGACCUUGGGGAAAGGGACUGGAUGCCAGCACCUUUGGACCUCCCAAUGUGACACUGGACUCCACAGCACUGGGCAGAGGUGGUGGCAAGGACAUGAGCCUGCAGGCUGGCCCUCGACCCAGCAGCCUCCUUGACCACCCUGACACAGAUCGCAGUUUGGAGUCCCUAGGGCACCGGGACUGCAGCUCAGUUGCCUCCUUCAUCACCGCAGUUGAGGCCUCUGAAGCUGAGGACCCAGCCCCCAACACCUCCUCCUCAGCUGGUGUCCAACGCUCCCAGAGGGUGCCAAGAUCUUUGGGUACCCCACAGCUGGCAUAUCGAGCCCUCAUGGAGGGCAAGGAAGAAGAACUAAAUGCCCAUCUACAGGCUCUGACUCUGACCUUGCCAGAUGCCUCCCCCCCUCCCAAGUUCUUCCCAGACAGGAGCCCAGUCCCUAAUUCCCCUUUGGAACCAAUGUCUGGACUCUCCGACUUACACUUCCGAAAAGAUGACCAGUUGUCCCUCGAAAGUGAUGAUAUGGCUGCCCUAUGGCUGACAGAGGAUGAGGCAAGCUCUACAGGAGGCAAGGACUCUGUCCCCUCUUGCCGGUGCCCACCAGACCCCACCAUAUCUGACCUGGAGCUGCUGCGAGGGCUCCGGGCACUUGGUGAGAGCCCCGGCCCCAUCACAUCCUUCACCAGACCAUUCUACCUCCGGCGGCUGAAACAAGCCCAGGCUGCUCCUGGCCCAGAAUUUUCAGGGCACAGCCCAGAGCUGGCUGAAGCCCUGCGGACGGGCCGUAUCCCAGAUGCCCAGGCAGAUGAGGACGCACUUGCCCAGCAGUUUGAGCGGCCAGAUCCCACCAAAAGGUGGCGGGAGGGGGUUGCGAAGUCCAGCUUCACAUAUCUGCUGCUGGACCCCAGGGAGACUCAAGACCUGCCAGCCCGAGCCUUCUCACUCACCAUGGCUGAAUGCCUUCGGAUUUUUGUUCAUGCCAUCUUCUACGUGGGCAAAGGAACACGGGCCCGGCCAGAUGUCCACCUCUGGAAGGCCCUUAGCCACCGAGGGCAGCCAGGAAAACAGGCCUGCCCUAAAGUGCGCCGCAUCUUGGACAUUUGGGCCAGUGGUCGUGGCAUUGUCUCCCUGCAGUGCUUCCAGCAUGUGGUUGCCGUGGAGGCUUACACUCGAGAAGCAUGUCUUGUGGAUGCUUUAGGGAUCCGGACCCUGACCAACCAGAAGCAAGGACACUACUACGGAGUAGUGGCUGACUGGCCACCCACCCGGCGCCGCCGCUUGGGGGUGCAUCUGCUGCACCGUGCCCUCCUUGUCUUCCUGGCUGAGGGUGAGCGAGAGCUACGGCCCCAGGACAUCCAGGCCCGUGGCCGAGCACUGGGGAAUUGGCUAUCCAGCCUUGGUAGAGAUCAGGGUGUCUGAAUGUUCCAGCUGCCCUGUACUGAGAGCAGCCCAUCUCCUGCUCCAGAAGGCUGGUGGGGGAACACCAGGCCAGAUGUCCCCCGGAACAGAGGAAAGACUUUUAUUACAUAUUGGAACUGCUGGAGAGGUAGUGACCUCCCUGUCAUGGGAUGAGAAUAAGGGUAUGUGGGGGGAGAAACAUACAUUUGGAACAUUCUGGUGCUUUGAAACAUGCCAGUGCUUUGGUAGUUUGAUUCUAUCUGGGCUUAUCUCCCAGACACAGGGGACCCAAAAUGUAGGCUGGCCUGAGGGCUUCCCCAGCCACCCAGCUCAAGAAGGGACUCUGCCCAGCUCAAGAGUCAGGCUUGGAGUUCCUGUUGUGGCACAGCGGGUUAAGACCACAGCGUAGUGUCUGUGAGGAUGCAGGUUUGAUCCCCAGCCUCACUCAGUGGGUUAAGGAUCCAGCGUUGCUGCAAGUUGUGGCAUAGGUCACAGAUGUGGCUCAGAUCUGGUGUUUCCACAGCUGUGGUUUAGGCUGGCAGUGCAGCUCCAGUUCGACCCCUGGCCCAAGAACUUCUGAAUGCCUCAGGCGUGGCAUUAAAAACAGCAACAACAACCAAAAAAAGGCAGGUUUUGCUGCUUCCCAGCUGUGUGGAACCUCGGACCAGUAAUUUCUCUGAGGCUUAGAGUCCUCAGUUGUACCCAAUGGGGAAAGCAGGAGGUUCCACCUUAGGAGGUCACUGAGGGAAUCAGAGUACACCAAGUCAUGGGGUAAAGUGUUUGGCUCAGGCCCUACAGCCCAGGUGGAAAGUCACUAGGGGUAUGGCGCCAGAAUGUUGUCGAGGGACCGACUGUGCAUGGUGAGGGUGGGCAGAGCUGGGGAGGUGGUCAUGGUGUGGUGUGAGACACCAGCCCUCCUUGGGAUGACUGUGUGGAGCUUCCUGGCAUUGCUUCUCUGAACCAGUUUUUUUGUUUUGUUUUGGUUUGGUUUUUUUUUCGCUAUAAAAUGGGGCUCACUAACUCCGACUUCAUGCAGAGAGCUUCAGUAAAUGUUAAGCGGCUAUCUGGUG